AUGGCGGCGGAGGGAACGGACACGGGCGGCGACAGCACCGCCCCGCCCACCGAAACCAGGGCGGUGGCAGAUGGCGCGUUCGGCGACGGCAGAGGCGAUGCAGUCUCGAGCAUCUCGGCGGCUUCAAGCAGCAAGCCCUUCUUGGGAGGCUACCGCAGCCUGUGCAGUGGCACUGUUUUCCAUCAUGCCGCCACGCAGACCGAGACGCGGUCGGAUGAGGAGCAGCGGCGGCGGCAUCACCGGCAGGCAGCGCCGCAAGUCAGCAGCACAGCACAGACGGGGCGACGGGCAAGGCGUGAGCUGAACGAGCUGCAUGCAGAGGAGCAGGCGAGGCACGAGGCAACAGCGGAGCAGGCGGCGCAGCACGAGGUACAGCGGCGCAUGCAGCCCCGAACGCCAGAGGACUUCAACCUGCUGCUGGAUGAGCUGGCCAUGUGGUGGGGAGCGGAACAGGCCAAGAUUGGGGCGGCCCAGGACAUGACAGACGAGGAGCGGCAGGCGGCGCGAUGCGCGCUGCUUGCCAAAGAGACCAAGCUGCUCCAAACCAUUGACCGGCUGAGGCUAGCAGCUGCACCCAUUGCACGGGCCGACCGUGCCGCCCGAGAGCUGGCUAUCAUGUCUGCCCCCAAGCGCUGGCAGCUUGCGGAUGGGGGGGUGAUGGAGGUGGCCACACCAGGAACUCUGCAGGCGGGGGAGCUGGCAGCUGCCUACCAUACCCUUGUCGCCACGGGUGGCGGCGAGCUGGAUGCCCGGCUGGCGGCGCUGCUGGCUGUCAAGCACCAUGCCAAGGCCCUAGACUGCAACCUGAGCCGCGAGAUUGUUGGGUUGGUGGACCGAGAAGCGGACCUGCUGAACAGGUGUGGCCUGUUCAGCACGUGGGAGGGCAGGAUGAUAUAA